CACUGGCAGAAUAUAACAAGCCAACGAAAUACGCAAUUGAAAACGUUUUUUUGUAUAUUUAACCGUUAAUUAGCUAGAUUAAAAUGACCACAGCAGCUCGACCGACCUUUGACCCCGCCCGCGGAGGAUCAGGACGCGGCGAAAAGGAUCUGAGUGCGCUGAGCAAGCAGUACUCCAGCCGCGAUUUGCCAGGCCACACCAAGCUUAAAUACAGGGAGACGGGCCAGGGCACCAGCGAGGAGAUCCGCAACCGAGACUUCCGCAAGGAGCUGGAGGAGCGCGAGCGGGAGGCCCGUUCCGGAGCGACCUCAUCGGGCAAGGCGCUGCCCUCCAUUGUGCGCAAGGCCAUCGAGGCGAACAAUGCGGGCGGAGGAGGUGGUGGCGCCGGGAAGCGGGCCAAGCCGGACGCCGUCCAGCAGCAACAGUUGCAACAGCAGCAGGCCGCCAAUAUGGACGCCGAUGAGCCGUUGGACAACGAUAGCUCCGACUCGGAUUCCGAUUCAGAUGACGACGAUGCCGCCCUGCUGGCGGAGCUGCAGAAGAUCAAGCAGGAACGCCUGCAGGAGACCGCACGCCGGGAGUCUGAGAAGAAGCAGGAGGACGAACGCAUCCGCAUGGAGAACAUCCUCUCCGGCAAUCCCCUGAUCAACUACGAACCCGGAACCGCUGCCUCAGCCGCGGGACGUGCUUCCGGCCUCGGUGGCGAUUUGAAGAUCAAGCGCCGCUGGGACGACGACGUGGUGUUCAAGAAUUGCGCCCGCUCCGCUCCCGAGAAGAAGACGCACUUCGUCAACGACGCCCUGCGCUCCGAUUUCCACAAGAAGUUCAUGGACAAGUACAUUAAAUAGGCGCCAAACCACUCGCUUUAAGUUUCAACCACUUUUUGUAAUAGUUUAAGUAAACCAAUUGUCAACUUUUUGUGGCCUUCCGCCAAGCUGCUCAUUAAAAAUCACAUUUUGUAAGCAAA